CGCUGAGCACCGACAACCUCCGAUUAGCUGGACGCUCAGCUGCUACGUACGGUGGUGCGAAAGAAAAUUCAACUCACCAUGUCCAUCUCGGCCCUGCCGCUGCUGCUGCUGCUGGGGGUGGUGGUGGGAGCCCAGCAGGAGAGGACCAUCUGCACGGGCAUCAACGGGAUCCCCGGACAGCCCGGAGCCCCGGGGCAGCACGGGACCCCUGGGGCUCCCGGGAGGGACGGCAGAGAUGGCGUUACCGGAGCACCCGGAGCCAAGGGAGACCUCGGGGCUCGAGGCUUGACUGGGGACCCAGGUCUGCCUGGAAAGCUGGGCCCUCUUGGCCAACCGGGGCGCGCGGGGACUCCAGGAGUCCCAGGUGAGCAGGGCGAAAGAGGCGAGAAAGGCGAGCGGGGAGAGAGCGGCGUGGGGCCCAGGUCGGCCUUCUCCGCGAAGGUCGGCGCUUACACGCCGGCGGCCGGCUCCCCCAUGAAGUUCAACGUCAUCAUCACCAACCCGCAGGGCCACUACAACCCCGGCACGGGGAAGUUCACCUGCGCCCACCCAGGCGUUUACUAUUUCACGCUGUACAUGCAUGCCCAUGAAAAGCACCUCGUGGUUAUGAUAAUGAAAAACGGGAAUUUAAUCUCUAAAGUGACCGGUGAAAAAUUAUACCCAAUAAGUGCCAGCGUCGUGCUGAGUCUCAAAGCCGCUGACGAGGUGUGGCUGGAGAUGGAGGCUCCGUACAUUCACUUGUUCAUCAACAUACACAAAGAUGCAGUGUUCAGCGGCUUUUUCCUGUACCCUGAGUGAAUAGUUUUUGUAUCCAUCGCCACAUCUGUGAAGACAGAUUGGGAACACAUUCACAUGGAUGUGCAUGCACCCCCCCCCCCCCGUGUUAAACAGAGCUUUUGGGCAAUAUCUCAAAUAUGCUCGGCUUGCCCAAAGCUCUGUUAAUGACUGCUAAUUUUCGGAUGUGAUAUUUUCUCACCAGAGGAAAAAUAGGCCCAGCACUUUUUCUCAGCCACAUCUCUCCUUCA